AUGGGCAUAGGAGCCAGUAAAUUCAUCACGUGGCUUGCGACUUUUGAUGAAUUUAUCGCAGGAAGAAUAUCAGAAACCGAUGGAAAUCUGCGAGCGACUAUUUUGUUAAAGGUAUCAAGAAAGCAGAAAAAAGUGGGUCAGCUGGUGGCAAAAGGAAAAAAAAUACCCUAUGAGGAACAACUUCAAUUUUUACGCCCUAACAGAGUUCUCAGACCAACUUCAGGCAACUUUCAGGCACCAUCCAAUACACAACAAGAUGCAGAUGAAGAGCCAAGGUCUGAGACAGUACGUUCAGACACACCUUUGGAAUCUGAAGCACCAGGCCCAUCCAAUCCGUUGGAAUAUUUUGACCAACAUCUGGAUGUAGAGGAGGAUGUGUCUAACCUUAGCAGUGAUCUGCCCCCCAGCAGUACACCUACACCAGCUGCUGGUGAGAUUGAAGAGAUGGAAGAAGCCACUAACAUACCUUCUUCACAAACAACGACCAGACCACCCACUGCUCGAAGGGCUCGUAGAUCCCUCCGAAUAACUGAUAGUCAGCUUGAGGUUGAAAGUCAAGCUCUAUCAUUUAUUCGGAGGGUUGACAACAGUGAUGACAGUUCUUAUUUUGGUUAUGAAAUGGCAUCUUGCUGCCGUAAAGUGCCUCUUGACCGCCAAAACCAUUUUAAAGCAUACUGUCACGCUGUUGCGAAAGUCUUUCUUUCCCCCCAGGCCCUGCCUCCAUUAGAGGAUAUGAUAAAAAAAAUUGCACAUCACAGCUGGACACAGGGCCCCCAGCCCUCCACCACCUGCACACAAUAUUUACACACAAACCGAGGGUUUUUAUGUGGGUACUUACAACCCCCCGCCUUCUCGGUCCCCUUCUGGGGUUUACCCCUACCAUCCUCCCUUUCAAACACAAUACCCUAGCACUGUAAUUAGCCACCAAAACCCCUCUGCAUCAUCUGCAUUGGAGUCUUUUUCUUCAGAACCUACAUAUCACAAUCUGUGAUUUUUCCCAUGAGCAUCAUUG